AUUUAGUCCACAACUCUGCAUAACCCAAAAUCCCUUUGCAUGCAUCACAAAAGCUAUUGUGGUUAAUUUUUGCGGUUUUAAAGGACGCCGACGUUUUUUGGAAUUUUCUCGUUUUAACUGAUUUAACUCCAUACGUUUUGCCUAUUAUGUUAUAAAGAGGCCACUUAUCUAUGUGCACGGAUGUCUUUUAUGGUUUUAGUUGGUUCGCUUUGUUUAAAAUCCGGUCAUGAUGGCAUCUUGGUAGCCGAAAUGACCCGCCACGAGUAAAAAUGCAUGCCGUUAGAAUCUUAGAUGACGGAUCCAGAAUAAUUGGUCCUGAACCUAUAUAAAGGAACUUGAUUGUCCGUUCGGAAUACUAAUUGAUAAAGUCGCUUGGCUACCGGAUACAUUAGUAGCCUGUAAAAAUGCCCGCACCAACAGGUGGUAUCGGCAUAUCCGAAGAGUUUGUCUCUUCGGCUCCUCAAAACGACGAAGUAAGGGUUUUUCGUGAUGAAGUCGGAGAAGGUGCACAAGAACCCUCUUCCGACCCCGUUGCGCAUCCAACACGCGAUAAAAUGCGUGAAGAGAAAUUGGAUCUAGUCGAAAGGGAAGAAAGGGAAGACAGAAACGGGGAAAGCGAGCGUCGUAAACAUGUGGAUAGAUUAUUUGCAUCGCAGGCGGACGCUUACCGACAUGCACAAGCAGCGCAACCAUUUCCUAACUUUGCUCACAGCUACUUUGCGGGAAUGCAUGCCGGGCAUUCUAGUCAGUAUGGAUUUCAUCCUGUGGUUGGACAUAUACCUGGAAUCCCUACUGUUCCCUCGCCAAUGGGAGCUAUGCAAAUGCCGAGACCGAAACCUAUCCUGGCAUCUGCACUUCCGCUCUCUGUUUCCUAUCCGCCUCACAACGCGUCCUUGCUAUCAGGAGCGAAUAUACUAUCACCUCCAGAUAUCCAUAAUUAUUUUCCAUACGGUACAAAGAUUCCUCCCUCACCUCUUGCGGGAUCUCCUAUCGCAUCACCAGCGGCCUUCAUGGGCCAUAGCACAACAACGCCGCCGCCGGCGCAUUCUGGCCUGGGCCGACAUGGCGUCCUGUCUCCUUAUGGUCAUCUUUCACCAUACUUUCCGCACUAUCCGGGCAUGUUUAGUCCCGAUUACUUUGCCAUGCAGCACCAUAUGAUGGAUAUUAUGCACAGAAAUAUGACCAGUCCAGGAAUGCGUACACCGUCACCGUUCCCUAGUAUGGCGCCGCCGUCGCCUUUUGCUCUGCCCAUGUUGGGCUCGCCUCCUGGCUACGGUUUUAUGCAUCCCGGUGGACUAUCGCAUUUCAUACCGCCCUCACCUGAUGCAUCUGGACGGUUUUCGAAUGGAAUGGUCAGCUCGUCGCGUGCGCAGCAUCGCGCUGGCUCGCCGACUUCGUCGACAUCGAGUGUGAGAGAAGCGAUGGAACGCCGUCGUGAAGCAAAGAAAGAAAAAAUGAAUCACGUCAAAAAGCCUCUGAAUGCCUUCAUGCUGUACAUGAAGGAGCAGCGAGCCCAAGUACAGGCAGAAUGCACACUGAAAGAAAGUGCGGCCAUUAAUCAGAUUCUGGGCAAGAAGUGGCACUCUUUGGAUCGUGCUGAACAGAGCAAGUAUUACGAAAUGGCGAAACAAGAGCGCGAAAAACAUGCACAAGCCUAUCCAGGAUGGACAGCUAAGGACAACUACGCUCUGUGCGGGAAGAAGAAGCGUAGGAAGAAGGAAAAGUCGGAUGAACCAAAAAAAUGUAGAGCAGUAUUUGGAAUUGAUCGUCAGGCGGAAUGGUGUAAACCAUGUCGACGCAAGAAAAAGUGUAUACGAUACUCACAGAACGCCGCGUUACUGCUCAACGGGCACGAGAAUUACCUGCAUGAUUCAAAGCCGGCGGAGUCCGUUUCCUGUGUGUCCUCUUCCAUGCAGGUUCUCUCGCCGUCCGCUGAUUCAGCGGCCUCCUCCACAUCUCCCUCAUCGACGGCUGCAUCAACAGGCUGAACGUGUGGUGUACGUCGUCGUUCGUGUCUGACUGAUUGAACAGGAGAGUGCUAUGACAAGACGGGCAGUUGUUUUUGCUUCUUGGAUCUUAGACCCGUUUUAUGGAUGUAUUUUUGGGGAGUUCUGGGAUGGCGUUAUGUACUGUGUAAAUUAUAACGGAAGCAACGGCAUCCUUUUGGACCGGGCUGAGCACGUGGACUUCGGUUAUUUGAGUUUGAGUUGGAAAUGAGAAGAUGUGUAAUGUAUAUUUUGAGCUGUUCUGUUCAACUGUUUUAUGCUCGGAGUCAUUCCGUUUUUCAAGAGCAUGAAUUUUGAUCUUUUCCGAGAAACUCCCACUCCCAAUGUAAUAGUUCCAAAGGUUAAUUUUUUGUGUUUGAUCUUUAAAUGGAUGAUUGGUAAUUUUUGUAUUAUUGUAUAAUUUUUAUCUUCUUCGUUUUUGGUUGUACGGAAAUGAAACGUGUCAACGUUUUAUGGUUGGUUGUCGAAAAAACAAGGAUGAUUGUC